AUGCUGGCGGCUGGGCCCGACCACCAGAAAGCCAGGCCUGGGUGGAGCCGCCGCCAUCCUAGAGCCAGAGGGCGCUGCGAUCCCAAGUUUCCCAUCCACCUCUCCCCCAGCCCCCCCGCCCCGUCCGGACUGGGCCGGCCUGGGCCGGGCUGGGCAAGGGCGGGCGGCGGGGGUGGAGGCGCAGGCUGGGCGCAAAGGUUGGUGUCUUCGUGCACCGACCUCAGCCGGAGGGCCCGCGGCACCAUGACGGUGGGAGCCAGGCUCCGAAGCAAGGCGGCGAGCAGUCUCCCGCGCUGCAGGCCCCUCGCCCGGGGGCGAGGGCGGACGGAGGGGGACGAGGAGGCGGCUGCUAUCCUGGAGCAUCUGGAGAGCGGGGCCGAGGCGGCGGAGAGCGGGGCGAGCGAGCAGCGCCCGGGGACCCGGGGCGCGCGGAGGGUGCACCUCGCGGUCCUCCCCGAGCGCUACGAGCCGCUGGAGGAGACGGCGCCGGGCGAGAAGCCCAAGAAGAGGUACCGGCAGAAGCUGAAGAAGUACGGCAAGAACGUUGGGAAGGUUAUCACCAAAGGAUGCCGCUACAUCGUGGUCGGCCUGCAGGGAUUCGCUGCUGCCUACUCCGCCCCGUUCGGAGUGGCCACCAGUGUGGUGUCGUUUGUCCGCUAGUGGGAGCUGCCUGGGCAGACUGGAAGCCUCUGUUCCGGGAACAGUGCGAAUCCGGGAGCAUCUCAGACUUGAACUCACAAAAUACUCGGAAGAAAGAAAACGUCUUGGUUGAAUUGGAUGAGUGUUUCCGAUGAGUCAUCCCCCUCCAACUGCUGAGCUCUCCACACGUCUGGGACACGGGUGGCCCUGGUGGACAAUCCCGCAGAGAAUUAGGCUGAGAUCAGGCUUGGGAUUAGGGUUAGUUCGCUAAAACCGGAGCUGCCCGUGAAGGGGGCAGGGGCUGGUGUGGAGACAAACACUUGACAGAAGUCCGCGCUCUGGGUGGGUAGCAGAGUGGUGAUUAGGGACACGGAUGGGGGAUUUGCAUCUGGAGUGAGCUGAUUUGCUCAAUUCUAGAAAGCGCACAGGCUGACGGGACUCCCAGCCCUUAGGUGCUUCGGUUCUGAGGACACCCAAGGAACUGUUUGUUCCUGAAGUCAUCCCCCCAUCUCCUUCCUGUACCCCUUUGCCACAAGGAGUUUUAAUUACAGGCUUGAGAAGAAGGAAGGAAGAAAAACCUCUUUGAAGGCUACGAUGCUUUGAAAACUGUGUUGACGAUGUGUCAUGACUGUUUCAAGUAGAUGAAGGCUUGUCACUUUCACCUUCUCUGACAUGAAUGUGGAGGUGGUGAUGAGGGUGGUAGGAUCUGCAAGUUCAGGUGCAGGUUGUUUGAGGGAGAGAGCACUCCUGAGGGCUGCCGGGCCCAGUCCAGCCCAGUCCAGCCCAGUCCAGCCCAGUCCAGCCCAGCCACAUGGAGCUGGCCAGACUCUCCGGCAGGCAGAUGGCUGGCCUCCUGACUCAGCUGCCUGGGGUACCAUCAGCCCCCUCGUCCUCGACAUCAAGCCGACGAAGGGUGCUCUCUCUGGGGAGAGAGGGAGGUGCUAUACCUGGAAAUGAAAGUGUAUUAUUUAGAGAAGGAACCAGAAGGUAGGAGACAGGUACGAAGGAAGCAGAAGAAGGAUGCUGGACGAGAGAAGCGGAAGCACAGGUGCCAGGUCUGCGUUAUCAGCGCUGGAAAAUCUUAAGCUCUGGGCGGGGUCCGGGGGAGGCUGGGUGACCAGAGACACCGUGCUGGUGCUUCCAGACCCUCUGAGGCCUGUGAGCUCACAUUGGCUGCCUUUGGAGCAGCCUUUCCUCUUCCGUGCUGCCCAGUUUGACGUCAUCUCAGCUGGAUUCAAAGUUAGGGUGGGCGAGGGUCCCAGGCCUGGAGGGUGACCCGUGGACUGCCACUGGACCAUCGGACAGGGGGAUGCCCACUGCCAGCAUCCAUGAUAGGUCCCUGUUCUGACCUGGUUUCCAGAAUGUCCCGAAGUCCAAAAUAGUUAUUACGGACCAGUCUGCAGGAUUGGUGGCAACACCUGCUUGUUGCCCUGUGAAGUUUCCCGGGGCAGGGAAAUGAGGGCUCAGUGCUCGUGCUUCACCCGUCAAACCCAACCAGGUGGCACCGGGAAGUGGAGAAGUUUGGAAGACAGACAGAUGGACAGAAAGAGGAACGAGUGGAGGAGAGCGUUGUAGCCGGGAAGCCAGAUUGUGCUUCACGUUCUGGAGGCUCGUGUUGAAGAUGAACUUGGACCCAAUUCCUGCAUCAUUAAUAUCGGUGAGGAAAAGAGAAAACAAAUGGUCUUGUUUUAGCUCAAAUGAUGAGAGUUGAUGGUGGAACAUUUUCACACAUGUACGAUAAUUAGAGCGUGCCUGGCCACGCUGGGAGUCAGGGAAGAGAGGCAACAUCCGUGGAAGAAAAAGCAAAGCAUCGUCUUGGGGGAAAGAGAGUCAGGCCUGCGCGACCUGCUGGUCACAGGAAAGGCAGACGGGAAGAAGGAGCCUGUGUGGGUUUGAGGACGCCUGCCCGGUGGCCCAGUGCUGCUGGCCUGCCCCCAGAGAAGCCCGUGGAGUCUCCCAGGGGAUGUAAAAGUGUGACCUGGGAGGGACGAGAGCGGCUGAAGCCUGUCCAAGGGAGAAUCGCCCCCGCUUAUCCCCAAAUUAGAGACAUUAUAAGGCCAAGCACAUUUGUCCCUCAACGUUUUAGAAUUCUGGUUAAGAAUUAAUCCAGAAAUUUCAAAAGUCAAAACCUUGCAGGGAUGGUCCUGGGAGCCAGAUUCGUGUGCACAGAAGAUGAACUGCUGUAAACUGUCACUCAGCUGAGUUGUCAUUUCCCCCGAGACAAGGCGCCCAUGCUGCAGAUGACCUUUUCACCUUUUCUUUCUCUUUAGUUUUUAAAAAAAUAUAUCAGCAUCCACACCCUACUAAAAAUUGAGUUUUAGAACCUUCCCUUUACACGAUUGACCAAGAGGCUUCUUUUGUAUGCUUUUCUUCCAUAUCCUGUGAAUAAAAGCCCCAAUUUGUCUA